UUUUACGUCCCACCGCCUUUUUUCCUCGUCUUUAAUCUCCUUCACGACCCCUAGUUUCCAUCUCCCUCUCGCUCGCUCGCUCGCUCUUAGAAGCAGAGGAAUCGCCAGGUGGCGAACAUGGCGGAUUUGGGUCAUCUGGAGAAGAUGGGCAGAGAGCUCAAGUGCCCCAUCUGUUGGAGCCUCCUAAGCUCUGCGGUAUCACUUCCAUGCAACCAUGUCUUCUGCAACUCAUGCAUUUUGAAAUCGAUGAAGUCCAUGUCCGGCUGCCCGGUCUGCAAAGUUCCAUUCCAUCAUAGAGAAGUACGUCCCGCUCCUCACAUGGAUAACCUGGUAAGCAUUUACAAGAGCAUGGAAGCUGCAGCAGGGACUAACAAUUUUUCCACUCAAUUAGCACCUUCAGCCAAGAAUUCAGAUGGAUUGGCCAGACGCGAUGAUAACAAAAAUUCUGGUUCAGCAGAAACUGCUGUGGCACAUCGAGGCAAAUCAAAGAGAAAAGGAUUAUCCAAGAAAAUGCAAAAAGAAAAUGAGAAAUCUGAUGCCAGGAAUUCUGAUUGUCGUCCAUCAAAAAUGCCUUCUUUCCCUGGCAAGAAACGGAUACAUGUUACGCCAUACCCUGUCUCAGAGACUCCAGUGCGUCCUGAAAAGAUUUCUAAAUUAGGAGAUUCAAGCAUUGAGUUGAAAGAUAAUAAGGAAAUGAAUAAAAAUGAGGAACUAGCUAUGGAGGACCAGGGGGAUCCUUUGUUUUCACCUUUCUUUUGGCUGAGAGAAGAAGAGGAAGAAGAUAAUGAAACUGCAGAGAAACUAAGCAGUCAGCAGACGGCAGAUACACCUCCACCCCAUAAUGUUCCUUGUUUUAGUGACAUCAAAGACUCUGACCAUGAAUCUCCCGUUAAAAUGACCCCAACUAGCAAACCCAAUGCUGCAAUAGCUUUUGACAGUGAAAUGUUCGAGUGGACCCAAAGAGCCUGCUCUCCAGAACUAUGUUCAACAUCAAUUAAAGAGCUGACUGAAGGUAGGCAUAGGCUUGAUGGAAUCCAAGACAAAGAAUGUAGGAAUGACUUGGAGAUCGGGAUUGAAUCAAGAGAUGGAGUCCCCCACAAAAAUGUUGGAAUUGGAAUUGCUGAAACCAGAAAAAGAACCCUUAAGAACAGAAGAAAUAACAGUAAACCUCAGAAAAGACAUGCGGUAUCAUCUCUUUCAAGAACCAGAUGCAAGGUCUACAACAAUGCCAACAAAGAAAUUCCUACUGAUUCUGAGGAAGUAGCUCAAGAUUCAAGCCAGGAAAAUGAGGAAACUGAUAAAAGGAGUCCAACUUCUGGAAGGAAAAUACUGAAACAGUGCAACAAUCCUGCUAGCCAUUACCAAACAAAACAUCUAAAAUUUUCAACAGACCAGGUUUAUGAUUCCGCCACAACUGAAGCAUCUGAAAAGCAUCUGACUAUAUAUACUAGGUCAAAGUAUAAGAAUGAAGAGAAGGGAGAUCCAGGUAUAGUAGGUAAAGCCAGCAAAAGGGACAAGGAGUCCACCAUCAAGUCACAGAGAAAGUGCACAAAGAAAUUGAUAGAUGGUUCUGUGGAGUGCAUAAAGAAAGCAAUAGGUGAUUCUGUAGCUAAGAUACAUGAGGAACUACCCGCCAAUUUUAUCAAUGAAGCAAAAGCUAAAAAUCAAAAUUGUAAGGAAAAGAGUCUAGAACAUGACAAAGGCUCUGGCAAUGGUCACCCCAGAAAAGGAAAGAAGAAUGAGGAAAAGCAGUUAGGAGAGUCAAAUGCACAAAGAAGGAUGAAAAAUCAGACUUCUGACUUAGCUGCCACAAAGGAUGCUGUCCAAAUUCCUCCAAUGAACAUGGCUUUGGGUGAAACAAAUAAAGCUGUCAUUUAUCUCCAUGAGGAAUCCGAGAGCUUGGCUAUCAAAAAUUCAACAAAGAUUAGGUGCCGCACUCUCGGGGAUAGUAUUUUGAGGAAAUGUGAAAACAAUCAUAUUCAGAUUCAAUGUGCUUUCUGUCAGUCUACAAAUGAUACAGAGGAUUCUGGGGAAAUGAUGCAUUAUUUCAAUGGCAAGCCUGUAACUGCAGAUUUUAAUGGCGGUGUCACUGUAAUACAUUCUCACAAGAAUUGCACAGAAUGGGCCCCUGAUGUAUACUUUGAAGAUGAUAUGGCCAUCAACCUUGCAGCAGAGGUAACAAGAAGUAGAAGGAUAAAAUGCAGUUGUUGUGGCAUCAAAGGGGCUGCUCUUGGAUGCUUCGAGAAAAGUUGUCGCAAGAGCUUCCACUUCACUUGUGCUAAAUUGAUUCCAGAAUGCCGAUGGGACAGUGAAAAUUUUGUGAUGCUGUGCCCCCUUCAUUCAUCGGCCAAACUGCCAAUCGAAACUUCUGAGCCCCAGAAGCAAAUCAGAAAGAGAUCUGAUCAGAAAGGAGUAUCUCAAAUUUCAUCAAGAAGUAAACCUGGUAGCGACAUGAGCCAGAUGUGGACAUGGCCUUCUGGAUUACCUUGCAAGUGGGUCAUCUGUUGCUCUGCUCUUUCUGAUGCAGAGAAGGUUAUUGUCUCUGAAUUCACAAAGAUGACUGGUGUACCCAUCACUAAAACUUGGAGACCAACAGUCACUCAUGUCAUUGCAUCAACUGAUAAGAAUGGGGCAUGCAAAAGAACUAUUAAGUUCCUGAUGGCCAUCCUCGAUGGAAAAUGGAUCUUAUCAAUUGAUUGGAUCAAAGCAUGCAUGGAGUCUAGGGAACCUGUUGAUGAGGAGAAAUAUGAGAUUACAGUUGAUGUGCAUGGAAUAGGCAGGGGCCCCCAAUUGGGAAGACUGAGGGCAAUUAAUAAGCAACCAAAGCUCUUCGCUGGAAUCAGCUUUUAUUUCAGUGGAGACUACACACCAUCUUAUAAAGGCUAUCUGCAAGAUCUCGUCAUCAAGGCAGGAGGGACAAUUCUGCAAAGGAAGCCCAUUUCAAGAGACCAAGAAAAAUUGUUGGAUAACUCCUUGCCUUCCACAAUCUUCAUAAUCUACAGCCUUGAGCAUCCAGAGAAAAAGAGAUGCAAUGAUUAUGCUUUGGUUUUUAACCGUAGGCGAGCGGAAGCCCAGGCGCUUGCUGAUGCUUCUGGAGGCAAAGUGGCAACCAAUACAUGGAUCAUAGACUCCAUUGCUGCUUGCAAACUGCAACCUCUCACUUGAACAUCCAAUAAUAUAUAACAAUUUUUUUUUGAAAUGUUUUCAGCAACAGCUAGCUCCAAGUCGUGUAUAAAAGAAAUGAUGAUUUAUGUUUGGCAAUUAGUAUAACAAACGCUUGUUU